AGACCCAUUCCGUUGAUUACGUAUAUAAAAACCCUGCGACCAAAAUGCGUAGUUGCUUCUUCCGCCGAGCCGAGCAAAGUUGAACGAAACCGAGCAGCUUCGUGCAUCGUAAUCCAUAGCAAAAUGGUUAAAGGUCGACAAGGUGAACGUGUUAGGCUUUACGUAAGGGGUACAGUUCUUGGAUACAAGAGGUCCAAGUCAAACCAAUACCCAAACACUUCUCUUGUCCAGAUUGAAGGAGUAAACACUAAAGAAGAGGUUGCCUGGUAUGCUGGGAAGCGCAUGGCAUACAUUUACAAAGCCAAGGUGAAGAAGGAUGGUAGCCACUAUCGUUGCAUUUGGGGUAAGGUUACAAGGCCUCAUGGUAACAGUGGCAUAGUCCGUGCAAAGUUCAAGUCAAACCUUCCACCAAAAUCAAUGGGAGCCAGGGUUAGAGUCUUCAUGUAUCCAAGCAACAUAUAAGGUGAUCCGAACCUUGGACUAGAAGACAAAUGCACUAUGGAAGUUAUAUUUUUGAUCAUUUUUGUAUCUCUAAACAGAAUAGUUCCUUUUCCUGCAUGGUGAAAGAACAUGUAUUAGUUAUCCUCUGUUUUUUUCUGAAUCCUGACUUCAUUAUGGAUUUUUCUCCUCUUAUAUCGUUUUCAUUGGGCCAUUUGUCUCCA